AUGACCGGUCGCUACCGGUACGAGGAUUUGCGGCGACACAUGAAAAUGUGUUUUGGGACCAUUCAAAGACAUUUAAAACAGCUUGGCUACGUAUCCCGCUUCGAUGUUUGGGGGUCACACAAACUGACUGAGGCAAAUCUGGUCAACCGAAUAUUAAUCUGCAAUUCUCUUCUGAACCGGCACAAAACGAAUCCAUUGUCGAUCGGAUAG